CGUUUGGUCAACACUCUCUACUAAGCAAGAGGGGCAGGGUGUGUGCUCUAGCGUGAUCUUACCCUCCUCAUCUUAGUGUUUGUAUGUGUGUGUGUGUGUGUGUCGGAGUCGGGUGGUGGACAGAAUAAAACCAUUGGCUCGUACUCGCUCCCGAACCCAGUCCUGUGGAGGUGAUCAAGCGGAUCGGUGCUCGGCGGUGUUCGGUUCAGUUCAGUUCAGUUCAGUUCAGUUGAGGUGCCCCAAACAGGCGCACCAAAGGGUGACACCGACGGAGACGGUGCUAGACUCCCCUUCCCAUAACCCCCACUCUUCUCAUUCCCCUAUAGUACCGCCACUUGACAUUGGCCGGGCGAGUGAAUCGGAGCAUCGCGAAUCCGAAGCAAAAGUGUUGGCGCCCCAUUCACGUGUUUCCGCUUUUGGCGAAGAUGGCCGUAGUGCUGGUGUCUGGUGGUGGUUUGUGGCAGAGAGCGACGGUGUGAAGUGAGCUGAAAGUACUUGUGGCUGUGUCCCCCUCCCCCAGGACCUGCACCAUCUGCUGCAGGACACACCAUACCCGGUAGGAGUAGAGAGUGACGAAGGGCUUUCGCUUAUCAGCAGCAGUCCUUGACGUACUCUCUCUCUCGUCUCGUCUCGUCUCGUCUCAAUCAAUCGGUGGCAGUACGGCUCGCGUGACGGCGUACUAUUAGUAUUACUGUGAAAGUAGCUAGCGGCAGAUAAGCAGAUCUAGUCAGAACGUGUUUGGUGCGAGAUCAGGCGGAGAUCAGCAGAUCGUUUGCAGUGCGAAUCCAUCGACGAAAACAACGAAAAGUUUCCCCUUGAGAGGAACCAGGAAGAAUGGCCGAGAAUCGGACUCGUGCCGGUCAUGUGCUGGUGUGGGAGCAGGCCGAUAUGGCCACGGACGAGGGCAUCCGACCGGCAAAGCGGUUCGGAUCACGGCACUACAUCGUGUUCAUGCUGUUCCUCGGCAUGGCGAACGCGUACGUCAUGCGCACCAACAUGUCCGUGGCGAUCGUGGCGAUGGUAAACCAGACGGCGAUAGAAAAGGAAGCCGAACUGCUGGAUGACGAGUGCCCGGAUACGGAUUAUGGCGAGGACAGUGGCAGCGAUCCGGACGAUGACGGCGAGUUCGUGUGGAGUACCAGUAUGCAGGGUUACAUCCUUAGUUCCUUCUUCUACGGUUACGUCAUCACGCAGAUCCCGUUCGGUUUGCUGGCCAAGCGGUACGGUGCGAUGCGCUUCCUUGGCUGGGGCAUGCUGAUCAACUCGGUGUUUGCCUUCGUUGUGCCGGUGGCCGCUCGCAAUGGUGGUGCCGGUUGGUUGAUUGCCGUCCGGUUCAUCCAGGGUCUCGGUGAAGGUCCGAUCGUACCCUGUACGCACGCCAUGCUGGCCAAGUGGAUUCCACCGAACGAAAGAUCACGCGUCGGUUCGAUCGUUUACUCGGGCGCUCAGUUCGGUACGGUCAUAUCGAUGCCGCUGUCCGGGUUACUGGCGGACCAUGGCUUUGACGGUGGUUGGCCAUCGAUCUUCUACGUGUUCGGUAUCAUCGGAACCGUGUGGUCGGUUGCGUUCCUUCUCACCUGCCACGAGGAUCCGGUGUCGCACCCGUCGAUCCGGGAGGACGAAAAGAAGUACAUCCAGCAAUCGCUCUGGGGCAAUGCCUCCGUUCACAUUCCACCGAUCCCGUGGACCAGCAUCGCUAAAUCGCUACCCUUCUAUGCGAUCCUGUUGGCCCAUUUGGGACAGAACUAUGGCUACGAGACGCUCAUGACCGAGCUGCCCACCUACAUGAAGCAGGUGCUUCGCUUCUCCAUCAAGACGAAUGGUGUUCUAUCCGCCCUGCCCUAUCUGGCCAUGUGGUUGUUCUCGAUCGUCGUCGGAUGGGUGGCCGAUUGGAUGCUAACGUCCGGCCGAGUGAACCACACCUGGACCCGUAAGAUCUCCAACAGCAUCGGUCAGUACGGGCCGGCGAUCGCGCUGAUCGUCGCAUCGUACACGGGCUGCAGCCGUGCACUAACCGUCGCCAUUCUGACGAUCGGCGUGGGGCUGAACGGUGGUAUCUAUGCCGGUUUCAAGAUCAACCAUCUCGAUCUAACGCCGCGGUACGCGGGCGUACUGAUGGCGUUUACGAACUGUUCCGCCAACUUGGCCGGUCUGCUGGCCCCGAUCGCCGCCGGUAACAUCAUCGAGGGUAAACCGACGAUCGCACAGUGGCGUAUCGUGUUUGUGAUCGCCGCCUGCGUUUACAUCUUUACCGCCACGUUCUAUAACAUCUUCGCCUCGGGCCAGCGGCAACCCUGGGACAAUCCGGAAAACGAUGAGCCCCAGAAGCCGUCGAUCGAAGCGCCAGCCUACGCACCAAGCACCAUUGCCGGGCAGGCGAGCAAUGGCACGACGGCAUCCGAUACGCUCACCCAUCGGACGGUGAACGAGCAGCAAUCGUAAAUCCGGCGGUGAUCGGGCGUGCGGUUCGGCGAAGUCUAAUCGAAUGUGCGUUGUGCUACGGGUAAUUCAUGCGGAAAUCAAAGAUCAUGGAUUUUUUCUCCAUUAUCCUGCCAAUACAAUGCUCGGGGGGCUCGUGCGCUCGUACAGAGAGCUGUUAGCGCGUUAGUGAGUGAGUUAGUGAGUGAGAGGUGUGUCGUACAACGUGAUCAUGUUGUAUGUGAAAAUCGGAACGCCAGCUAGGUUGUCGUUUUUUUUUGGUUUCAAUCGAUUACGCAUUACGUGAUAGUGUAGUUAAGCUAAGGUGAUCUUCCACAACCCCCAUCGGCACGGAUUCCCAAUCCAUUUUGGGGAUUCCUGCUAAUCCUGUGAAAUGUAUAGUUUAUUAUUCCAACUUUUCUCUUUAUCGUUUUGAAAAAUCGAUUAUGAACUCAUCAACAACUCAACAACUGGAAUUCUUUUUCUCGCGGAGUGCCGAUUGGACUCUUCUUCUAGUUCUUUUUUUUGCUUUUUUUCUUCCUUUCAACGUGUUUCUUCAUUUAAAUUCACGAUCAGCACGGGGGUUUUGUAUUUAUUUUGUUGAUUUUUCUACUCCUUUUCCCAACGAAACCAAAUGCUGACAACGCUCCCUGCUCCUACAUACUUCCCUUUCUAUAUUCUCCGUAGACCAUAAUGACGAUGAUGAUAAGAUAUUCGCUGGUCCCACCCCCCCCAACGCCUCAGCUCAGGCUGUUUGUAAAUAUUCGCUAGCGACUAGAGUGAACAUCGAGAACAGAGUACCACUAAAUAGGCCAUAGGUGAUUCCACAGGUGAGAGAUCGCUUGGCGAUCGUGGCAAGGCCGAACAGACCGAGCCUACGAGCCUGUUCCACGGGUUGUGAAAUACAGAUGGUAGGCGAAAGUCGUUGUAGCUAGAUUCUAGGAAUUGUGCGCGCGUGCGUGCGUGCGUGCGUGCGUGUGAGAUUGAGAUGAGACGAAGUAGAUGUUUUUUGUUUCUUGUUAGCAGAAGAACGGCGAAAACGAGUUGAUAGAUUGAUAAGCGAGUAGCGCGCGAACCGAUCGAAACGCGAAAGGCGAACGCGAAAAGUGCACCAAACGCUGACGAAUGCUGGCCGUGUGCUGGCGGCCAGCAUCUAUCCUUCCCAUCCCAAUCUCCUUUUUAGGUGCGAGAGCAAGAUGAUAAUUAAAAGCAUGAUAAUAAUGAUAAUAAAAUGGGUAUAAUGCGAACAGCGAACAACAACAAAAAAAACA